CUGUGGCGGCGCUGGGACCCGGGGUCCCGGCGUGGAGUCUUCGCUCAGAUCAGCUUCUGCCUCACGCCAAGAUGAGGAGCCUUCUGGGGUAGCCGCUGCCUGUGGGAGGGCCCCAGCGUCCUGGGCUACCCAGCUGGUCUGGACUGGCUGGCCUCUGCUGGCAGGAAACAUGGCAGAGGCCAGGGACACAGCGCUGUCCGUGGCCGAGUGGCUACGGGCUCUACACCUGGAGCAGUACACCGAGCUCUUCGAGCAGCACGGACUGGUGCGGGCCACUGAGUGUCAAGGCCUCAGUGAUGCCCACUUGGUAGAGAUGGGCAUACAGCUCCCUGGUCACCGCCGCCGCAUCCUAGCUGGCCUACUCCGCGCCCAUGCACCCCCAACCCCCGCUCCUCGACCCACCCCACGGCCCGUGCCCAUGAAGCGCCACGUCUUCCGCUCACAGCCUGCACCUGCCACUCCACCUGGGCCACCGCCCGUGACUGGAGAGGACCAGAGGCUACCUGCAGCACCCCCCAUCCCGCCCAGGAGGAGCUGCGGUCCCCCUGCCUGCUUCUCUACCCCACCCACAGCAGCCCCAGACCCCAGGCUGCCCCCGCUGCCCGCCAAGCGGCACGUGACAGAACCAAGUGUGCCACCCGUGCCCCCUCGUGUUGGACUCCCCCGCCUGCUGGUGAGCUUGCCCUCUGAGGAGGAGCUGCAGUCACCAUCACUGUCAUCUCCUCCCCAGCCAGAGCCCAAGGAGCACCCAUCUCUACCUCCCAGCCCCCCAGACGUCCCCCCAAAGCCUCUUCGCUUGGUUCCGGAGUUUGAUGACUCUGACUAUGAUGAGGUCCCAGAGGAGGGGCUGGGGGCCCCAACUUGCGUGAUGACCAAGAAGGACCAACCCCCAGCGAGACCAGUCCCGAGGGCCGUGCGUGUGGCCAGUCUGCUGAGUGAGGGGGAGGAACUGUCCGGGGACGACCAAGGGGAUGAGGAUGAGGGUGACCACGACUACGAGGGUGUUCCCAAUGGUGGAUGGCACACCAGCAGUCUGAGUUCAUCCUUGCCCAGCAGCCUCCUGAUCCCUGAGCUCCCGCUGCCACCAUACCCCAUGGAUGGGCUUCCGGGGGGGCCUGCCCCCAUCACACCGGUCAUCAAGGCUGGCUGGCUGGACAAGAACCCUCCACAGGGAUCUUAUAUCUAUCAGAAGCGCUGGGUGAAACUGGAUGCUGAUUACCUGAGAUACUUUGAUAACAGCAAGGACGCCUACUCUAAGCGUUUUGUCUCUGUGGCCUGCAUCUCCCGGGUGGCUGCCAUCGGGGACCAGAAGUUCGAAGUGAUCACCAACAACCGGAACUUUGCGUUCCGGGCUGAGAGUGAUGCGGAGCGGAAGGAGUGGAUGCAGGCCCUGCAGCAGGCGGUGGCUGAGCAGCGUGCCCGGCUGUUAAGUGCUUACCCAUUAGGGAUUCGAGUCCCAGAGCCCCCUGACCAUGCUGGCAGCCUAGAGCUACGUGGCUUCAAGAAUAAACUCUAUGUGGUUGUGGUCGGGGACAAAGUACAGCUGUACAAGAAUCUGGAGGAGUACCACCUGGGCAUUGGCAUCACCUUCAUCGACAUGAGUGUGGGCAACGUGAAAGAAGCAGACCGGCGCAGCUUUGACCUCACCACCCCUUACCGAAUCUUCAGCUUCUCAGCCGAAUCAGAGCCAGAGAAGGAGCAGUGGCUGGAGGCCAUGCAAGACGCCAUUGCUGAGGCUCUGUCUACCUCAGAGGUGGCUGAGCGCAUCUGGGCUGUGGCUCCCAACAGAUUAUGUGCUGACUGUGGUGCCAGCCAGCCUGACUGGGCUUCCAUUAACCUCUGCAUCGUCAUCUGCAAGCGCUGUGCAGGAGAGCACCGUGGCCUGGGUGCUGCCAUCUCCAAAGUGAGAAGCCUGAAGAUGGACAGGAAGGUGUGGACGGAAACACUCAUUGAGCUCUUCCUACAGCUGGGCAAUGGUGCUGGCAACCACUUCUGGGCAGCCAACGUGCCCCCCAGUGAGGCACUGCAGCCCAGCAGCAGCCCUGAGGCCCGGCGGAACCACCUGGAGGCCAAGUACCGAGAGGGCAAGUACCGCCGUUACCACCCGCUCUUCGGCAACCAGGAGGAGCUGGACAAGGCCUUGUGUGCUGCAGUCACCACCACAGAUCUGGCUGAGACCCAGGCGCUCGUGGGCUGUGGCGCUGGGGUCAACUGCUUCUCAGGGGACCCUGAGGCCCCCACACCCCUGGAUCUUGCUGAGAAGGCGGGCCAGACGCUGCAGAUGGAAUUCCUUCGGAAUAACAGGACCAUGGAGAUACCUCGACUGGACUCAACGAAGCCCCCGGAAAAGCAAUACUCGGUUGUCUUGCCAACUGUGAGCCACAGCGGCUUCCUCUACAAGACAGCUUCUGCUGGGAAGCCGCUGCAGGACCGCCGUGCCCGGGAAGAGUUCAGCCGACGCUGGUGUGUCCUUAGUGAUGGGGUCCUGAGCUACUAUGAGAAUGAGCGGACCGUGACCCCCAACGGGGAGAUUCGGGUCAGCGAGAUUGUGUGCCUGGCAGUACCUCCUCCUGACACCCAUGGCUUUGAGUACACCUUUGAGGUAUACACGGAGGGGGAGCGGCUGUACCUGUUUGGGCUGGAGAGUGCAGAGCUGGCUCGUGAAUGGAUCAAGUGCAUUGCUAAGGCAUUUGUGCUCCCCCUGGCUGAAGAUCUGCUAACCCGGGAUUUUGAACGGCUUGGGCGUCUCCCCUGCAAAGCUGGUCUGAGCCUACAGUGUGCCCAGGAGGGCUGGUUUUCCCUCAUUGGCUCCGAGCUCCGUGCUGUCUUCCCAGAGGGAAACUGUGAAGAACCACUGCAACUUCGGAAACUGCAGGAACUUUCCAUCCAAGGGGACGGUGAGAACCAGGUGCUGGUGCUGGUAGAACGAAGGAGGACGCUGUACAUCCAGGGGGAGCGACGGCUAGACUUCACGGCCUGGCUGGGGGCGAUCCAGAAAGCUGCAGCCAGCUCAGGGGACACGUUGUCGGAGCAGCAGCUGGGAGACUCUGAUAUCCCAGUGAUUGUGUACCGCUGUGUGGACUACAUCACGCAGUGUGGCCUGACCUCCGAGGGCAUCUACCGCAAAUGCGGGCAGACUUCGAAGACUCAGCGGCUGCUGGAGAGCCUGCGGCAGGACGCCCGCUCUGUGCGCCUCAAGGAGGGCGAGCAGCAUGUAGACGACGUCUCCUCGGCUCUCAAGCGCUUCCUGCGAGACCUGCCCGACGGGCUCUUCACGCGGGCCCAGCGCCUGGUCUGGCUGGAGGCCUCAGAGAUUGAGGAUGAAGAGCUGAAGGUCUCCAGGUACCGAGAGCUGCUGGCACGUCUGCCUCCAGUCAACCGGGCCACGGUGAAGGCCCUUAUCAGCCACCUAUACUGUGUCCAGUGCUUCUCAGACACGAACCAGAUGAACACGCACAACCUGGCUAUUGUGUUUGGGCCCACGCUUUUUCAGACGGAUGGGCAGGACUACAAGGCCGGCCGUGUGGUGGAGGACCUCAUCAGCCACUAUGUGGUGGUGUUCAGUGUGGAUGAAGAGGAACUGAGGAAGCAGCGGGAGGAGGUCACUGCCAUUGUGAAGAUGCGUGUGGCUGGCACUGCCAGUGGUACCCAGCAUGCUGGUGACUUCAUCUGCACGGUGUACCUGGAGGAGAAGAAGGCAGAUGCUGAACAGCAUAUCAAGAUCCCAGCAUCCAUGACAGCUGAGGAGCUCACCAUGGAGAUCCUGGAUCGCAGGAAUGUUGGCAUCAGGGAAAAGGACUAUUGGACCUGCUUCGAGGUCAACGAGAGGGAGGAGGCAGAGCGUCCCCUGCACUUUGCGGAGAAGGUGCUACCCAUCCUGCACGGGCUGGGCAUAGACAGCUACCUGGUGGUGAAGAAGCACCAGUCCAUGGAGGCCAUGCUGCUCUACCUGGCCAGCCAUGUGGGCGACACCAAGCAUGGCAUGAUGAAGUUCCGCGAGGAUCGAAGCCUCCUGGGCCUGGGCCUGCCCUCAGGUGGCUUCCACGAUCGCUACUUCAUCCUCAACAGCAGCUGCCUGCGGCUCUACAAGGAGAUCCGGAGCCAGAGGUCGUGGAGCGGGGUCCCUGAUGCCAGCCACCGGCCAGAGAAGGAAUGGCCUGUGAAAAGUCUCAAAGUCUACCUGGGAGUGAAGAAGAAACUCCGACCACCUACCUGCUGGGGCUUCACAGUGGUCCAUGAGACAGAGAAACAUGAGAAGCAGCAGUGGUAUCUCUGCUGUGAGACACAGAUGGAGCUCCGCGAGUGGUUUGCUACCUUCCUCUUUGUGCAGCACAGCGGCCUGGUGUGGCCCUCGGAACCCUCACGUGUGGCCCGGGCAGUGCCUGAGGUCCGUCUGGGUAGUGUAUCGUUGAUCCCGCUGCGUGGCAGUGAGAACGAAAUGCGCCGGAGUGUGGCUGCCUUCACCGCGGACCCCCUUUCUCUCCUCCGCAACGUCUGAGAGCCGGACUCAUACCCUGACGCUGGGAUUCUGCUACUGGGAAGCCUUCCUGUUCAGACACCCUCAUACGCUGUGUGCCUGGUGUAAGCCAGGAGGGAGCACAGAGGAAGCUGCACCUCGCGUCCCAUGUCCUGACUGCAGCAUGGAUUCAUGGAGGGCCGGGAAGCAGCAGGUUCUGCCCUGAGGCGGAACCCCUCCCUCUCUUGGCCUAGCCGUUCAGCCCUGUGGACCUGGCCCACUCACCUCCAGGGUCACCCUCCCUGAUUUGGAGGGAAAUGGGCAUAAAUCAAGAUAUCUGGGGACCACCAUCCUUUCAGAGGCCCUAUGGCUCCUGCUGGAAGGGAGCCUUCCCUCUUGCCAUGCACUCCAGAACAGCAGAAAGUAGAUGCUCUAAAGGAACACUCAGCUGGGGGCGGGGAGCUCUUGGGUAAGUUUCUAUAGGUCUGAGUAAUGGACUUGGGCAUUUCAGCCCUUCCCUCCUCUCCUUCCAGCCUGGGAGGCUCAGGCUGCCCGCUGUCCCUUCCCCAUUUUGGGAGCCUUUUGAUAAUAUAAAUAUAUC